CCUAUGCAAGCCUAGCUUCCGCGUAAUUACCAUAGUGCUUGAAAUAGGGCAAAUAACGACCCUUUUCCGGCAGUCACAUUCAUCUUAUGAGAUACUAGGGCCGUCUUCUGGUUGCUUGCCGUCUUAGUCAGCCCCAAUAUCAGCAGCCUACAACCCCCCAAUAGGAACACGGUUUACUCCCCGACUCUCACAAUCAUAGCUAGGCUUAGUCACCCUGGCAACCCUGCAUGUGACCAACCAUUAACUUCGCGUUUUGAUAUGUCAAACCCAGCCUUUUCAACGCAACACAUGGAAUUUUGUAGUCAGUCUCGACUUGCUAGAAGCCCAUGCAAUGAAGGGUGUGGCACGUCUACUUAAGGGUCUUGUGUCUCCCCUUUUCCGGCGGUCCCCAUCGCCAGCCCGACACUUUCCACCUGGCCCUGUUCUCGACUCGACGGAGAAACUCGAGGAGGAAAAACUAGCAUGGUAUUCCAAAAGCAACUUCUUCCCUGUCAAAAUCGGCGAUAUCUUUCAUUCAAAGUAUCAAGUGGUUGGAAAAUUGGGCUAUGGCGGAUAUUCAACCGUGUGGCUUGGACGAGACUUAGAAGAGGACGUCUAUGUCACCUUAAAACUAUACGAACAUGACUCUGCUCAUGCUAAGCGAGAAAUUAUGGUUUACGAACACCUCAAAGGUCUUAAAUCAUGCCACACUGGUACCAUUCUCGUACGAACCGCGUUGGAUAAGUUCCAGCUCAGUUCAGCCGAUGGCUCCCACAUCUACCAGUGUCUGGUCCACCCACCAUUAGGCAUGAGCCUCUUUGAGCUUCGGAAUCGGUGCCCACGAAAGGUCUUUCCUGAAAACCUCCUUAAACCCACCCUUAUCCAUAUCCUCCUUGCACUAGAUUUCCUACAUACUGAAGCGCAAGUAGUCCACACUGACCUACAAGAAAAGAACAUUAUGCUCAAUAUUGAAGAUGAGUCGAUUCUCGUUGACUUUGAGGAGACCGAGAUAUCAAACCCAAGUCCACGCAAAGUGGUCGAAGAUCGGGUAAUCUAUGAGUCUCGCAGAUUAGGUAUUCCAAGAAAGCAUGGACGUCCAGUACUCUCAGACUUCGGUGAGGCUCGCUUUGGGUCAGAGUCAGGCACUUAUGAUGAUGAUGUACAGCCAUAUAUGUAUCGGGCUCCAGAGGUACUACUUCGCAUGUCUUGGAAUGAAAAGAUAGACAUCUGGAAUCUUGCAGUCAUGGCUUGGGACCUAUUCGAGCCAGGCCAUCUUUUCUAUGCCCGGGAUGCAAAUAAGCGAGAAUCGGAUACUCACCAUCUCGCUGAAAUGAUUGCGUAUCUGGGGCCACCGCCACUUGAGAUGCUUGAGAAAAGCGAAUUAGCUAAUAAGUAUUUUGAUAGCAGCGGAAAAUGGAAGGGUCUUGCUGAAAUUCGCCUUACGUCUUUAGAGAGCAUUGAAAGAAACCUUGAGGGUGAGCGACAAGAGGGUUUCCUCCGAUUCAUACGGAAAAUGCUGCAGUGGCGACCAGAAGAUCGAGCUACUGCGAAAGAGUUGUUAUCUGACCCUUGGUUAAGGUCACCAUAACUUGAGAUGGCGGCAGCGCGAGCGUUCAAGAAUUUAGAAACCCAUAUACUGUGACUUGAAUUUUUUCUUUGCAGGAACAGUACGGAAGCCCAGAUAUGUAUUAUCUUAUAUUUACUGAAUCUUAGGUGUAUAUACGCCGAGGCCUCUCUUGGGACGGAGAUCGGACAACACAUUCAAUGACAA